UUUUUUAACCAUGGACCAUGGUGGCUGGUGUUUUGCUGUGGUCGAUCAAGGCGACCAUGCAAGAGGAAAUACCUCUUUGAAGCCAUAAGACUAAAAAAGGGGAAACAUUCAUGCAGGCUUAGUCAACUUGCUAUUUCAGGAGAUGACAUGCGGCUCUUGUUCACUGCCUGUGCAAGAACUCCGGGAAAGAGAUGCUUGGGCAUCCCCCGUUCUCUUAAAUUUCCCUCUAUGUAAUAAGAGAUGCAGAAAAAAGGAUGGACAUUUGGGGAGAAACGCAACGCUGAAGGAAAUGAUGGCACACCCUCAAUCACGUACUGGAGCAAUGGCUCCAAUUGCUGUCAGGCACAGACAUGGUAACGGCCCUAGAACUCCAACCAGCCCAACCGUGGAAGAACUUCUACGAGCUGAGGAAGUAUCUAGGUGGUCACCACACUCCUCACCAACUUUUUGGAAGGACCAUGACCUGGAGUAUGAUCAAUCCCCCAAUCACAAGAAAUCAGUUAUUGCUAAAGUGAAGGAGAGGGCCAAGAAAUGGCGAAGCAAUCUCAUCAAAAAGAAGCAUAGUGAUGACAGUAACACCACUCCUCCAUGGGGUGUUAGCCUGGAUGAUGAUGAAGCUGAAGAAGAUCCUGAAUAUCUUGGAGCGCCAAUGUACGAAUCAGAGAUGGCUCCUGAGGGGUACAAGGAGGCAGCUAGACAGCAUCCAAGAGCAGUUCCUGUGAUACCAGAGAAGCAUGUUUUGCCAAGUAGCGUGACCUGUGCUGCUGAAGACAAGCCAGUAACUGAAACCGUGAACGGGAAACAAGAAAAUGAGAACUUUUCCAAGACAUUAUCCGAAAUUAUGGCAGAGAAGCUGGCACCAGCAUAUGCCACAGUAUCUGAUGCCACCCAUGCCAUAACUUCCAAGAUUCAAAGCCUUGAAAUUUCAACCCCUGAAGCAUCAGAUGCAACAGGAUUAGACCCCGCGGGCAAAGGCAAAGCAUCAUCAUCUGUAGCAGUACCAACCAAAGUAGCACCAGACCAAGUUGCAUCAGAUCCAGCCCGAGCCCCGACAGAUGCAGCAUCUGGUUACCAUUUCAGAACCGGGGAGCAAAAAUGGGAUAAAGGAGUUUCAGUGAAGGAGUAUAUAAUCCACAAAUUUGAGCCAGGAGAAGAUGACAGAGCACUUUCUCAAGUGAUAUCUCAAGCAAUAAGUCCAAGAAAAGCUGCUGGUAAUGUGAGUAUGGUGGAUAAGGUGAAAGAUGCUGUCAACUCUCUUCUUCGGGGCUCGGAGUCCUCCCAACCUACAGUUUACCAUUCAGCUAAGAACUCAUCCUCAAAUAUCCCCAUCUCAAUCGAUGCUCAUGAAGUUACUGAAGAAGAAAAUCAUGGAAGGAUACUUCAAGCCAACUGAAUGGGGAAUUCGAUAGAUAAUAUUUUUUUUUUGGCUAUUCAGCGUACCAAAUUCUAUAUAUGACAAUAAGUAGUUUGCCAAUGACGGUGGCGAUAAUUGCUUAGAAUUAGCGAUAAGUAAUUGGAGAUUGUAUUUUGUGGAUCCCUGCACUGAAUGUAACAUUUCUUCCUAUUCCUCAUCUGAAACUAGUUCAGUCAUCAAGGUGGUAGUUUACAAUCAGCGAUGUUAAAUCACCUGAUGGGAUUUAUCUCUAAUGGCUCACUUUUGAGCAGCAGGUGAGCUUAAUAUCAGUGGCAAAGUGGAUGGAAUGGAAUUCUGGAAAACACGAGGAAUAGCUAUUUUCUUUUACUACUGUUUUAUGAGCAUCAAUUAACUGAUCUCUGUUGAUCGUAA